AUGCAGUCCAUGUUAAACCUCCAUGGCACCUUUGGCCUUCCUCUGUGUGUUUCAGGGAUAACCCAUCAUCAUCUCACCUUCUAUAAGGAGAUGGCAGAUCAUGAUCGCAGAAGGGAGGCCAUGAAAAGGCAGAGAUCACAAGCCAGAGCAGAGCUGCAUGCAAAUCAAGAACUGGGUUUUGAGAGAAGCAGUGGAAGAGUGGGAGAAGAGAUCAGGGAAGGCGGGGUUGAUGAAGAUCUAGCUAGUGUGCUACAUGAUCUGUGUUGCAGUUAUUUGGCUUGUACUGCAAAAGCUGCAUAG